AAAUCGAGAACAAAAUCUGCAAAGUUAUCAAAAUACUUGGAUCAAAACCAAACUACUUUUGAUUCACUGUUUCAAGAUAAUUUGCAGAAAGUGCCUAUUCUGAAGAAUGGAAAUGCUUUAAAUUUAAAGGGUGUGAAAAUUAAAAAACAAUUGUAUUCAUUUUAUAACACGUGUGCAAUAGAUUCAAUUGUACAAUCGUUUAUUGUUGGAGCAAUAGACCUUUCUGAAGUCGAAAAUGCAUUAAAAACAUUACAAAAGGAUUGUCCAUUUAUUGCACUUGCACUAUAUAUAAAAAAGAUGGGAGUUGCACAAUAUUAUGUAAAACGAGGCAGAAUUUUACUGGAGUUUCAUGAAAGUGCUAUACAGAAGACACUAAACAAAACAAAUAAUGAACUUCAAAAAGUAAUACACGUAGACUGCAACACAAAUGCUUUUGACAUGAUGUUAAAAUUAAUUGAAAAAUUACCAAUUAACAGAAUAGUCAUAAACUGUAAUAAUGGUUGCCCUCAAAGAACCCGAGAAACGAAUUAUUAUUUUUUGGAUAACUUACUCUUUAAGGAAGCUUUAAGCGAAGUGGAAAUGCAAGAAGCAUUAACAGCUGACAGAGAUUGUAGCAGAAGAGGAUGCUGAGGACAAUCAGAAGUGCAAUAUGAUUCAAGUGGUACGUUUUAAAUGAUUAAAAUCAACAAAAGUAUUUUAUUUUUCACGUGUACACAUAAAUUAAAGAAAAUCCAUAUACUUAAAAUAAUUUCUUUACAGGUCCAAUUAUCUUAAUUCAAUUAACGGACAUCAGGACCUUAACUCAUCUGGAUAACAUCCCGAUAAAAUUUCCCGAUGUACUUGGGACCUCUGAUUAUUAUUUACUGGUAGGAGUAAUCCGUUACAUUAACAAUGACCUUACGUCGACUAAUGGAUUAGGAAAACUGUCCAUGGGACACUACACAACAAUCUGUCGCAGAAAUAAUCUGUGGACCGAGUUUAAUGAUCUCAAUGCAGGAACACAAAGAACUCUAACCAAAGAUGUGGACAAAAAAGUCAACAUAGAAUUUCUAAUAUACAUUAAAGUUGAAAAAACGUAUAAAUAAAAUCA